CGGUCGGACCGACAGACACGCACAGUGACAGACAGACAGCGGGACUUUAAAUACCUCGGUGCGUCUCUAACGGGACAUCUGACAGCUGAGAGGACCGAGACGCGUUCAGGUCCCUCCGGACAUCUUUUCCUCCCCCCGGCUCUUCUCCUCCUCUGAUGGAGCUGCAGCAAUUCCUCCACAGCCCGCCCGCCGCCCGCCGCCGGGACUGAAGCCGCUCUCCGCUCGGUGUGUCCUCGUGACCGUGUCCCCUCCGUCCUCUCCGUCUUCCCGCAGGCCGCCGUCUCCUCCGUGACUCUCUGUUCCCAUGCGAUUCUUCAGACUCACAUUCAAGUGUUUCGUGGAUUGUUUUUGAAGGUCGCUGUCCGAGUGUUGGUUUAAUUCUCUUUAUUUUUUAUUUUAUCGUUUUAUUUUUUUUAUUAUUUUUUCUUUUGAUCGGAGCAGAACAUGUCUCCUGAUUAUUCGUAGACAUUCUUAAAUUGUGACCUUUUUACACGUGAAUUCGUCCCAAGAAAAUUGGAUUCAUACAUAAAACAAGAGAUCAUCUGUGGAUCAUCUGGUUCCGGCUGAAGUGAUCCGGGAUCCACCUGCAGCUCGCGCACAGGAACAAGAAUAAUAAUUAUAAUUAUUAUUAUUAUUAUUGUUAGAAGAAGAAGAAGAAGAAGAAGAAGAAGAAGAAGGAGAUCCUGAACGGGACGGACUGACUCAUCUGUUUCUGAGGUCUGUGAGCUGCACAACUAACGGGACAAGAGACUGAAAUCACCAGUGCAACCAGUGCUCACUGACUGGUGUGUGACUGGUGUGUGACUGGUGUGUGACUGGGAGGAAGGAACAGCAGAGCUCACCUUUUUAAAGGGACACAAAUCUGCAGGAUUAAAGGGAGAGUUGAGACUGAAAUUAUUCUGGAGGCAGAAAACAAACUGAUUUAAAGUGUUUAAAGUGAUAAAAACCUGCAGGAAUUAAAGGCAGCCUGAGAGGGACAUUUGGAGCUACAGCUGACUGGUGUCUAACUGGUGCCUGACUGGUGUCUAACUGGUGCCUGACUGGUGUCUAACUGGUGCACUGGUGUCUAACUGGUGCCUGACUGGUGUCUAACUGGUGCCUGACUGUGGGAACGGUCAGGUCUUGACACAGAAACACAACAGAAAGUUUCAGGACUUGAAGGAAACUCAGAGACAGCCGCAGACCGAGGUCUUGGACUCUCUCCUGACUGGUUCUGAACUGGUUUGUGGACUGUGAGUGAUGGAGAAGCAGGCCCUGCCAGCCUCCUCCUGCUCUCUGGUUCUCCUGGAGGAGACCAAGAAGAACCCCCUCCUCCUGUCUAAUGGCGGUAGUGGCGGCGGUGGUUACCCACCUGCGGCCUCUAAUGGCAGCCUGGUCCCGCUGACCGCAGUGGUGGCGGGGUCCGGCAGCAGCGGCGGCAGUGUGUCAGGAGGUGCCUGUGGCGGACCGGACAAGAAAGUGGUGACGGGGGCGGGGCCAGGAUACCAGGAGCGGGAGACGUGGACUAGGCAGAUGGACUUCAUCAUGUCCUGCGUGGGCUUCGCCGUCGGACUUGGAAACGUGUGGAGGUUCCCGUACCUGUGCUACAAGAAUGGAGGAGGCGUCUUCCUGAUCCCCUACCUGCUGUUUAUCUUUGUCGGAGGAAUCCCGAUCUUCUUCCUGGAGAUCGCUCUGGGACAGUUCAUGAAGGCCGGCAGCAUCAACGUCUGGAACAUCGCUCCUCUGUUUAAAGGUCUAGGUUAUGCCUCCAUGGUGAUUGUGUUUUUCUGUAACACCUACUACAUCAUGGUGUUGGCCUGGGGCUUCUACUACCUGAUCAAGUCCUUUAACUCAACCCUCCCGUGGUCCACCUGUGACAACGAAUGGAACACGCCCAACUGCAUUGAGAUCUUCCGUCACGAGGACUGCAAGAACGGCAGCCUCGCCAACGUCACCAUCAGCGGCAACAUGACCUGCGCCGAGAUGGCUGAUGCACGAUCGCCUGUCAUCGAGUUCUGGGAGAACAAGGUGCUGAACAUUUCCUCUGGUUUGGAUGAAACCGGACAGUUUAACUGGGAGCUCAUGUUGUGUUUGAUGGCCGUCUGGGUUAUGGUUUAUUUCUGCGUCUGGAAGGGCGUCAAAUCCACUGGAAAGAUUGUGUACUUCACAGCCACCUUCCCUUACGUGGUCCUCAUCAUCCUGCUGGUCAGAGGAGUCACACUUCCUGGAGCCUACGACGGCAUCAUGUACUACAUCAAACCUGAUUGGUCCAAACUGGAGGAGGCGCAGGUGUGGAUCGACGCCGGCACACAGAUCUUCUUCUCCUACGCCAUCGGGCUGGGAGCUCUGACUGCUCUGGGCAGCUACAACCGCUUCAACAACGACUGCUACAAGGACGCCUUCGUCUUGGCACUGAUAAACAGUGGAACCAGUUUCUUUGCUGGUUUUGUUGUGUUUUCUAUUCUGGGCUUCAUGGCUGCUGAGCAGGGAGUCGACAUCUCGCAUGUCGCUGAGUCGGGUCCAGGUCUGGCCUUCAUUGCGUAUCCGAAGGCGGUCAGUCUGAUGCCGGUGGCUCCUCUGUGGGCAGCGCUCUUCUUCUUCAUGCUGCUGCUGCUCGGACUCGACAGUCAGUUUGUUGGGGUGGAAGGUUUCGUAACUGGAAUCCUGGAUCUGUUUCCUGGAAAACAUUACCAUCGCUACAAAAGGGAGAUCUCUGUGGCAAUAUGCUGUUUACUGUGCUUCAUUAUUGACCUCUCCAUGGUGACGCAGGGAGGGAUGUACGUCUUCCAAUUGUUUGACUACUACUCGGCCAGUGGGAUGACUCUGUUGUGGCAAGCAUUCUGGGAAUGCAUAGUAGUUGCCUGGGUCUACGGUAUGCAAGACACACACACACGCACACACACACGCNUGCCUGGGUCUACGGUGUGUGAAUAG